AUGUCCUUCUUGGUCUCGCCUUCUUGGCUUGAAGAACAGAAGGAUGAAGACACCUUCUCCACCCGCCCCUCCAUCCGCCUCCCCCUCCCCGACCACCUCAAGAACCUCCUGGUCGACGACUGGGAAAACAUCACCAAAGCCGGCCUCCUCGUCCCUCUCCCAUCCGCCGCUCCCGCAAACUACAUCAUCGACCAAUACUUCAACGAAGAAAAACAAAACCGCCGCCUCGGCAGCGUCGAAGCAGACAUCCUCGAAGAAUUCUGCAUGGGUGUAAAAGUGUAUUUUGAAAAGAGCUUACCAAAGAUCUUGUUGUACAGGUCUGAAAGAGCGCAGCUAGGGGUUGUGAGGAAGUGGUGGGAAUUGGGACAACCUGUUGAGUGGGAGGGAAAGGGGCCCGGUGAUUGUUAUGGGGCGGAGCAUUUGGCAAGGUUACUUGUCAAUAUGCCUGAACUCACGGCCCAAACGAACAUGGAUGCUACUUCGGUACAAAGGCUCAAGGAAGAGCUUAGCAAGUUUACGGUGUGGCUGAGCAAGAAUUCGGAGAAGUAUUUUGUUGCAAAGUAUGAGAAGCUUGAUGGUGCUAUUGCGGGAUGA